AUGAUGCAAAUGAAGAGAACAUAGACUACUCUUUCGCCUUUUAAGGUGUUAGAGGAUUAUUUUGAAAGAAUGCUCUAAUAAGUUAGCGGUAUUAAAUGCUUAGUUUUAGAUGUCGAGACUACUCCAAUUAUUAGUUUGAUAUUUAGUCAAAGCAAAAUUUUGAAAAAAGAUGUUUAUUUAAUCGAGCGUAUUGAAAUGCCAAGUGAUGGCAAAAUGUAGCAUUUAAAAGCAAUAUAUUUUAUCCGUCCAACAGAAGAAAAUCUGAAACUUUUAUAGAAAGAAAUUGAAAAGCCAAGAUUUGCUGAAUAUUAUAUUUUCUAUUCAAAUAGCGUACCAAAUUUGACAAUUGAAAGUUUAGCAUAAAUUGAUACAAACGAUUAUAUUAAAGAGAUUCAUGAAGUAUAUGCAGACUAUUAUUGCCUUUCAAGAGAUUUGUUUUCUAUAAAUAUUCUUAAUACAUUUGGUUUAACUAAAGAAUACACUUCAUGGGGUUAAUUGGACAAUUAGAUUCUCCAAAGAACCUAUGAAGGUUUAUUAUCUCUCCUUUUAUCACUAAAAAGAAUCCCUAUGAUAAAGUAUCUUUCUUCUUCAGAGCCUUGUUUCCACAUAGCUUCUAAGUUGACCAAAAAACUUCGUGAUGAAAGAGAUAAUAACAAAAGUUAGUUAGGCGCAGAUACUAAAACUUUAUUAUUAAUUUGGGAUAGAAGAGAAGACCCUAUAACUCCACUUCUUAAUCAAUGGACAUAUUAAGCAAUGCUUCACGAAUUAAUUGGAAUAAAUAACAACAGAGUAGAUAUUGAAAGAAAAAUGCGUGCUUUUAACGAAGCAAACUAUUCCUCAAAGGAAGAACAAAUGGAAAAAGAAUUUGUUGUCUCUGAUCAUGAUGAUUAGUUUUAUUGUGAUAAUAUGUACGAAAAUUUUGGUGCUCUAGCUGAUAAUAUUAGAAACUUAAUUGAAUCAUAUCAAACUGAGUAACAAAGAAAUAAGAAAAUGGAUACACUUGCAGAUUUGUAGAAUGCUGUAAACAAUUUGCCAGAAUUAAAAAAAAAGUCAACUAAUCUAAAUAAACAUGUCACAUUAAGUAGUGAGGUUACUAAAUUAAUUGAGGAACAAAGAGUUAUGGCAAUCUCAUAGGUCGAAUAGGAAAUAUCAUCAAAAGAAGCUAGAAACGAUCAAGCUAAGAUGGUUUUUGAUAUUUUGAACAAUCCUGAUAUUCCAAAGUAUUAAAAAUUAAAACUUGUUGUCUUAUAUGCUUUGAGAUACGAAAAUGAUGAUAAAAUUGGAAGAAUGAAAGAAGAGCUUAGAAAGAAUCAAGUAAGUCAAGAUAAGUUAAACUAUGUUAAUUAUGCUAUAGAAUAUGCUGGAAAAGCUAAGAGAUCUGGAGAUAUUUUCAAUACUAAGAAUUUGGGUAUUCGUUUGUUGAAUAAUUUAAAGAGUGCUGUAAAAGAUGUUCCUAAUUUGUUUGCUUAACAUAAACCCUAUAUAAUGAACAUAAUUAAUCAAAUCGGGGAAGGAACUUUAAAAGAAAGUGAAUUUACUACUACUGAUUUACACAGCUUUAGAGAGAAGCCUAAUGAGAUAAUUAUCUUUAUAGUUGGAGGUGCAACCUAUGAAGAAGCUUAACACAUCGGCACUAUGAAUAGAGAUAAAUAUACUAAUAUACUUCUAGGAGGAACUUAUGUUCACAACUCUUAAACAUUUAUGAGUGAAAUAGCUAGUAUUGGAAAAGAAAGAAAAGAAGAAUUUGGAAUGAACAACUCCCAGGCAAAUAGUUUCAGAUGA